AUGGCGGACCGGGCUGGACAGAUUCGAGAACUGUACCUCCAGGGAAAGAAAAUCUUUCCGCGCCAGACUAUGGAGGACAUGUGGAGGAUGCUUCACGAAUACAAAACGGGGAAUUGCAAAGACCCAGAAUUCACAAUCCCGGACUACGUUAAUGAAAGCAAGUCUAACAAGGUUACUCUAGAUCUGGGAUACCGCAUGUUUGAUGGAAAAGCAAAGCUGAAGGCAAUGGGAUACCUCCCGAUACAGAUAUUCCUAAUGGGUUUGGGGUAUCCAAUCACCACCUUGGAAACGGACUUUGACGAGGAUUAUGCUCAGAAUUUGGAAACACCUAAAGACAAGGAUAUCGAGGCGCUUGAACAUUUGCGGGAUGAGGCCUACAAGAACUGGAUUACGAGUCCCACAAGAAGCUCAGUGCAAGCUACACUUCAGGCAAUUGAGAUUGAAAAACUCAAGAAAGUAACGAAAAUAAUUGCCUUUGGGAAUGGUUCCUUGUGGUACGGCUGGAAGAAGGAACCGGGCUUGAUUAGAGAUUUCGUGGCCCAGCACUCUGUGAUACAGGAGAUACGGGAAUUUAUAAAGAAAACCUGUAAUCAGGAGGUUGCUUGCUAUGCACAAGAGCCCAAGUAUACCCCAGCAGACGAGAAGGUGCUCCUCAAACAUUUCGGGAUCCAGCCAUUGGAAGAAAUAGAGGCACUCCUCGAAGUCGAUAAGCAUACACUUGUUUUCGCCAUGAACCAAGACAUGCCUCUCUUGCACAUUCUUGCCGAUAUUCUUGCUGACGUUUCCUCAAACCCAUUAGCUAUGAUCCUUUGUGGAGAGGUCAACGAAACUGAAAAGUUGGAAGAGUACGACACCACUACAAUGCGUGCCAGUCCAACCUCUCCCAGAGUGCAAUCCCUCAUUCGGAACUACACUAAGCUUGAAAUCGAUGAUCCUGACUCGCUUCUUGAGAGUGAGAACAAGACAAGGCUCUAUGUUCUGUAG